UGAACUGCAACGCCAACCCUCUAGAUGGCAGUGAUCGGUGGUUGAAUCACGAGAACAUUCGCCGGCGUUGACGAAAUAGUCAUCGCAGGGCGGAAGAACAACAACAUCGUCGUUCUACAUGUGCUGAUGCAAACGUUAGUGUAGUGGUGAGUAUCUGGGAAUAUACUUUUUCACAUUGUAAUGUAGACAAAAGCCGUAUAUUCCUCACAGUGGUGGUGCGAUCCUCAAAUACAAACCGGUCUGGAUGUGCCCUCCCCCUUCAUACUCUUACCUCACGAGGCAACAUCAAGUUAUACCCAAACCAUCAGGCGACAUCAACUCGAGCUUUCCUCUGUUGCUCCUGAAAAUUGGAAGUUGGAACAAGUCUGCCACAAAGAGAAAACCAACUUGAGAUGACCAUGAUGGAAGCAGAGCCGGUGGUACAUAAAAAGAAGAAGAAAAAGAACAAGGAACAUCCUGCAGGGGAGGUGCCGCAGCUCAGCAACACGUAUCAGGCAUGUGAGGAAAUAAGCCUUCUCAAGAAGAAGAAGAAAAAGAAGGAUAAAAAGAACGAUAUCAGAGCAGAGGGUGACGCAGCAGAACGAAAGACUAAGAAAAAAAGGAAACGUGAAGGAGAGGAGGCAGAUGUGACAUUAGUGGUGAGGGCAGAAACCGUGCAGAGUAUUCCUCAGGAGCAAGAGGUGACGAAAAAAAAGAGAAAGAAAAGAAGAUUUGAAGAGACUGAGCGCCCCGCACAAAGUCAAAGCUGUCCAAAAGAAUCAGACGUCACUCUCACACCAGCACCAACGAACGAUGAAGCCGCCCAACAGAAAUCAGCAAAGCACAAGGCUAAAAGGCAGAGAAAGACUUCACCUGCAGCACAUCUCCACCCAGAUGAGAUGCCAAAUGAAGGUCCUACGCUGGACAUUGAUGAGGGCGUCUUGCAGGAGCUCAGGGAGUACCUACCACACCACAAGCUGAACGAUGACGUAGUGGUGCGGAAGAUCAUCAACUACGACCUUCCCCGUUUCAGGGAGUUGAAGGAGAAAGGUAUCCCUGUACGAUCCGGGAGGUUUACUGUGGCAGAGAACAAGCGUCUGAAAGCGAAUGUGAGGGAGUUCCUGGCCCUCUCGGGGAUAGAGAGCGAUACUAAACUCUUCCUGCCUCAUCGCUUCCCAGAUGAGAAGAACUCCAUCAUGAAGCAGAGGAGAAAACUGCGAUUCAUUCAUCAACUGUGUGCAGGAAUACCACGUACCUGGACCACCAUACUCUGCCGAGCCAAGAAGAUGUGUAAUAGGGAGAACUACAUGGGGAGGUUCACAGAGGAUGAGAACAAGAUGUUGACGAAACUGCAUACGCUGCACAGCUCCAAUUGGAGCACCAUCUCCAACAUGAUGGGCCGCAGCGAACAUUCGUUGCAGAAACGCUUCAAUAUGAUGUCUUCUGGUUCUGGCGUGUGGGAAGAGGAGGAGCUCAGGACCCUGCUGACCAAUGUGCGGCAGCAGCUGCUGGAGCGGGCAACCCCUGACAGGGAUGGAAACAUUGGCUCUGCCGUCAUUAGAAAAGUGGACCUGUACAAGCAACUCCCUUGGAUGACCCUGAGUGAGAAGGUUAAAACACGCUCCUGGCUUCAGUGCAGGGAGAAGUGGAUGGGAUACCUGACAAAUAAAAUGACGAUUGGCGGAGUAAUCAAGGGCAGGAAGAUCCUUGAGGGACAAAUCCAGCUGAUCAAAACCAUCAAUGAAAUGGUUGUGGAAGAUGUGGCAGACAUUGUGUGGGAUGACCUGACUCAUCUCUUUGGGAACACACACCCGGACUAUUUACAGAUGAGGUUUUACCAGCUGAAGGUGGCCUAUGUACCACGGUGGAACACAAUGGAGGAUUUCUGUGACAUCAUCGACUACUUGUAUGAAAAGACGCUUCCACUGCUGGAGGAGGAGCUGAAGAACUGCCCGGAGGAAGAGGAGCCUACGGAGGAACGUGACUCUUAUAAGCUCUCGGAGAUCUUCCCAGACCUUUAAACAGCUGUAUGAGACGUGUGGCAGUGCAUGGUCUCCUGCCACCUCUGAACAUCAGUGUUUGUGGUCUGCCUCCACCUCUGAUAUCAGUCUUAGCACAUUCAGGCCGACUGAGAACCGUGCCGGUGCCCGUUCCCGCACCUACUCGCGAACCGGAUGUCGUGUUCACGCCAAAGAUUUUAGGGUUCGCGAACCGGAAAGUUGUGCAAAAUACUGUGAACAACGUGGCCGUCAGCAGGUUCAUCCGGGUAACACAGUCGCGUGCUGAGAAAGUUCAGAGUCCGGUAUAAACACGGGCAGUUCGUAGAUAAGCACUUAAGUGCCGAACGUAACUGGUCCGGGCACUGGCACCGGCUCCGUUCUGGUCGGCCUGAAAACGCUAUCUGUGGUCUUCCCCGACCUCUCACCUCGAGAGAGCCAGAGCCUUGAGGACGACCAGGCUGCUUGAAAAGGGUCUCUGAGGUCAAGUCUUCAAAGCCUCUCUUGAGAUCAUUGCCAGCAGCCUGCGGUUGUGAGGAGGCUCAAGUCUCCUCUAGGCUUGUAGAGAUCUUAUCUGGUGGUGUGUGUGAAAAAAAAACCCUUGUCAACUUUCUAUGAUGAACCGGACAUUGUUGUGGGCUGUCUGUCUGAGGUAUCAACAACCCUCUGGGACUGUCUGACUCUCAACUACAACUAACUCUUGUGAUGUCACACACCAACAAAGAUGUACCACUGACCCCCUACCCCCCGCCCCCACAUCCUGAUGGACCAUGACUAGCACAAACUGCCCACACAACCAGAGGACUAUUUUUUGACUAAUGUUUAAGAAAAUAAAUAUUUGAUGUUGACAAUUUUUUAUGCGAUUUUUGUGUAACACCAUACAGAAAUAGAUGUAGGCCUAUAUUUUAUUUCUCUGUUCGUUGAUGAAUUACCAUUGCCCACACUUGUUUAAGACUACAGAGAAGACAAAUGAGGAGACUUCACAGUUAAUACAUUGACUUGAUGGACAAAAGAAAUAACUGUUUUGUGAAUAAAAUCAUGCCAAGUUAUGA